AUGCCAGCAGCAGGGCGGAAGGGCGGACCUCUCAACCAAUCAGAGCUCAAGGAUGACACAAAGCAAGCCCGGGAGGAGAGACAGUUCAUGCAGCAUGCACUGGCAUCGCCGCCAUUCUCCCUGUACCGGGUGUGGUGGUCCCUCGCCCCCACCAAGUAUGCCGGCACAGCCGUGCUGCUCAAACGCGCCCUGCUUCCUCACCUCCUCUCCGCCUCCUUCUCCCUUGACGUGGGAGCAGCAGAGCAGGGAAAGCAGCGCAGGCAGCAGCACGAGGCAGACGGGAGGGCGAUUAUUCUGGAGUUUCCAUCCAUCCGUCUCGUCAACACCUACGUGCCAAAUAACGGGUUCUCCAAAGACUCUCCCAGUUUUUCCCGCCGUGCCGAGUGGGACGAUCGCAUCUGUCGGUUUCUCACCAGCGAUGCCGUGCAAUCCAAGCCGUUGAUCUGGCUGGGCGAUCUCAACGUGAGUCCCACAGACGAUGACAUCAGCGACCCGGAGUUCUUCCGUACGGCGACCAAUGGCGAGCCGGCUGUUGAUCUUGGGGAUCGGGGCCAGCCGGGGUUCUCUCUCAACGAACGGAUGAGAUUCGCUGAGACUCUAAAAAGAACCGGUUUGACAGACGUGUAUCGCCGUAUGCAUCCCAGAAAGGACAUGCAGGCAGGCUUCACGUGGAGUGGCAACCCCGUGGGGAGAUACCGAGGCAAGCGCAUGCGGGUUGACUACUUCUGUGUGUCUAACGACCUUCUACCACGGGUGGCGGCAUGUGACAUACACGGGCAAGGAUUCGAGGGCGAGGGGUUUCUUGGAAGGGUUUUAUUAACUUCCGCCCGAAGAGGUGACCACUGUGUUGAUCUCAAACCCGCAUCCUCCGUAUCCCGCGCGUCCGCGUUCCCACACUCCCUAUCCUCCCCCCCCCUUCCCCCCCCUUUCCCCUCUCCCCGGGUUGUGCAGGUGAACGUGGGGCUGAUCAAGGUGUUCAACGGGUUCGGCCCCAAGGGCCCGGACCUGGCGUACUGGGGGUACACGGGGUGCCUCAACAACCGGUCGUGGAUCAGAUACGCCGAAGAAACGCAGUACGCUAAGCCCUGGAUGACCAACGCCUGGCUCGCCUUUGUCGACGGCCCUGACAGGCCGAUGAUAGAGAAGUCGCUGGGGUGCGAGUUUCAGAGCCUAAACAGCUUAGAGGCGAGAGUGAGCGCGCGCAAGGACUGCUACGUGGUGAACCUGUUCCAGUUCAGCCCCUUCUACAACUGGCCGCAGUGCACCGACUACUCGGAUCGCUUCGGCGAGGGCUGCAGCAACCUCAACACCAAGUGGAAGAGCCGCGGCAGUCCCCCGUACCGGUUCCGAAACGGCCACAUCGGAUUCAGUUUUGGGAUUCCAGUGCUGCGUCACCCAAUAAACGAUAACGCCACGUCAGAGGAGGUUCUGGCAGCGCUGGCGGGUUUUCUCGCGCCUGGCAUCAACGUCGAGGCGCUCAUAAAGCACACACUCUACUCUGUACUCGAUACCGGCAACGCCUCCGCCAUCUCCUUCACCAUGUACGAUGUCACCAAUGUAUCCAACCCGCUCAUGGUGUUCAGCGAUGGCGACACACAGCCCACCACGGGCACCAACCCCAUCUUCCCCAUGGUGCUACCCGCGCCCAUCCCCCCGGGCGACAAGGUUGUGGAGCCCUUCCCAGACGACUUCAUCGGCCGCCGCUACGAGGGCCAAUGCCGCUACCGCCACCCGCCCCCGGUCUGGGGAACCCUGCUCGCGCCGAUGCUGCUAGGCCUGCUGGUGCUGCUGGUGGCCGUGCUUCUGACGUUUAUAAUAGUGUCUCUCGCGAGGAAGAAGGCGAAGAUUCGGCAGCAGAUGGCGGAGGUGGAGGAGUAUACUCUCGCGCUGGAGCAGGCUGAGAGGUCUAAGAGUGAAUUCGUUGCGAACCUGUCGCAUGAGCUGAGGACGCCUAUAACGGGGAUGCUGGGGAUGAUGGACUGGCUGCUGGAGUCGAGUCUGUCGGAGUGGCAGCACCAGGACCUGCUGGACGCCAAGACAUGUGCCGUGGAGGCUAUAGGACUGCUCAACAGCGUUUUGGAUCUGGCCAAGCUGCAGGCGAACCGGUUGAUGCUGGAGGCCUUCCCAUUCAGUCCGCACCAGUGUGCCGAUCUGGCAGUGCGCGCCCUCAUGCCCGACGCGCACAAGAAGAAGCUCCAGUUCAUGGUGCGGAUGCAUGCCAGUGUGCCCGACGUUCUCAUAGGCGAUCCCACUCGAGUGGGACAAGUCAUGCGCGAGCUUAUCA